CAUUCUCAACGGCAUCACUGGGCUCGACCCUUCCAAUUUCAUAUCAUUAUUAGUUUGACUCUCCUGGUAGACCUUGAUUGUUAUUUUACAGUAUCUUUUUUUUGAUUUUGUCAAACUUGUUUAAGUUUUUUUUUUAGCUGGAGACACCUGAAACGGCAUCCCUAAUGGCUACCCAUGAUACAUGGUCACAUUGAUGUACUUCGAUGAAUUCGGUAUAAAAGGAUGAGACAUCAAGUGAAGAUCAUUAGUUAGAAAACUGAUUUAGUACAAGAAGCAACAGCAGCUAGAUUUAAACAUCAGCUUACUUCGAAGUUUCCAAACGCAUUCAGUAAACGAAGAUCAAAUAAAGUUAUGAAAGCUUUUAUAUUAAUGUCGUGUUUGGCCUUGGCCGCUGCCAAGCCAGAAGCUGGUUAUGCCUAUAAUAGACCUGGCGGUGGUAGUGGUGGCGGUGGUUUUGGUGGUAGUUCGGGAGGUGGUGGUUUCGGCGGAGGUGGCUUUGGUGGUGGAGCUGGUGGAGGUGGUUUUGGUAGCGGAGGCUUUGGAGGCGGAGCUGGUGGAGGUGGUUUUGGUGGCGGUGCUGGAGGUGGUGGUUUUGGAGGCGGCGCUGGAGGUGGUGGAUUCGAUGGCGGCGCUGGAAGUGGAGGAUUCGGUGGUGGUUCCGGAGGUGGAGGCUUCGGUGGUGGCGGGGGAUUUGGAGGAGGUGCUGGUGGCGGCUUUGGAGGUGGUGGUGCCAUUGGUGGUUUUGGAGGCGGCACCUUGGUCCAAAAAAGCGUAUAUGUUCAUGUGGCCCCUGAGGAACCUGAGGAAGUUCGUCCACGACCAAAUAUUCCUGUUGGCCCUGCUCAGAAAAAUUACAAAAUAAUUUUCAUUAAAACUCCAUCAGCUCCCGCUUAUCAGGCCCCUGUUAUUCCGGUUCAACCACAAAAUGAAGAAAAGACAUUAGUUUAUGUAUUGGUCAAGAAACCCGAGGAUCAACAGGACAUUGUUAUACCCACUGCCGCACCUACACAGCCCUCCAAACCCGAAGUGUAUUUCAUCAAAUACAAGACACAAAAGGAUGGCGGUGGGGCUGGUGGUGGAUUUGGUGGUGGUGCUGGCGGUGGAGCUGGUGGUGGAGCUGGUGGUGGCAUUGGCGGCGGUCUUGGAGGUGGAAGUGGAGGUGGUGCUGGUAUUGGCGGUGGCUUCGGAGGCGGCAGCGGUGGUGGUGUUGGAGGAGGUAUUGGCGGUGGCAGUGGAGGUGGAAUUGGAGGUGGCAUUGGUGGUGGCAUUGGUGGUGGUAUUGGAGGUGGCAUUGGUGGUGGUAUUGGAGGUGGUAGUGGUGGAGGUUCCCCAUCUACAAGCUAUGGACCACCUGGAAAGUCAGGACACCAUUAAGUUGUUUCUAAUCUCACAUGAAGAAAAUCAACGAACAAAAUGCUGAAGACGAACAAAAUACGAUAAAAUACUGAUCAGACAAGAGAAGUGCAAAAAAAAUUUGUAACUUUUCUUAUGAAGCAUGCCGAGGAUAUCUAAAUACAAGUCAUGAACAUCUUUCUAUUCUUUGAUCUAUCUCUGUGUCUACUCCCUUAGUCUACGGUCUACUAUUACAAUCUAUUAUCUACGUAUAUAGCAUUAACAUAAAAAUUAAUAGGCGUUUUUAAGGCGUUGUAUUAAUGUACAUAUUGUUGACUAAUUACUUACAUAUUGUUAACUAAUUUUAAUAAGCAUAAUAAAAAAAAUA